CUCAUCAGUACCAUGGCGCCCAAGAAAGUUGAGCCCAAGAAGCCUGAACCCAAGAAGGAAGCCGCUUCAGCCCCGGCAGCCCCAAAACUGGCUCCACCACCAGAACCUGAAGCUCCGAAAGAACCUGACUUUGAUCCCAAGAGCAUCACAUUGGAGUACACUGCAGACCAGAUUGAAGAGUUCAGAGAGGCCUUCCAGCUCUUCGACCGCACACUUAAAGGAGAAAUGAAGAUCACGUAUGCCCAGUGCGGGGACGUGAUGCGAGCUUUGGGUCAGAAUCCGAGCAACGCUGAUGUACUGAAGGUCCUGGGAAAACCCAGACCAGAGGAGAUGAACACCAAGCUGGUGGACUUUGAAACCUUCUUGCCAAUGCUGCAGCACAUCUCCCGUUCGAAGGAUCAGGGCAACUUUGAGGACUUUGUGGAGGGUCUGAGGGUUUUUGACAAGGAGGGCAAUGGAACCAUCAUGGGGGCCGAGUUACGACACGUUCUGGCCACACUGGGUGAACGCAUGACCGAAGAUGAGGUGGAUCGACUCAUGGCAGGACAGGAGGAUGCCAACGGCUGCAUCAACUACUCUUCAUUUGUCAAACAUAUUAUUUCAGGAUGAACUGGAUUCAUAGGCUGAAUGGAUCACAUAUAGAGGGUACACUGAAAAAAAAAAAAAAAAAAAUCCACUGAAAUGUAAAAUUACUGCUUUAAAUAAUGUAAAAUUAAAAUGGUGCCAAACUGACAACCAGAGAUCAUUGCACCUCUUUAACCACUUUAAAUAAAAUCAAGUAGAAAUAACAUUUUUAUAUAUAUAUAUAUAUAUAUAUAUAUAUGGAUAACAUAUUUGUUUAUAUCGUGUGCUGUCAGCAGAGGCUCGCACCAAACAAACUCCCGCAAAAAAUAUUAACUGUAUAAACUGUGAUCCGUGAAACUCCAGUUUCACUUUAAACGAUUGUGUAAUGGCAAAUGCUCCUGGUUCAUACACGCAGUGACACAGAGGUGGAGAUGCAUGCUUACUCUAUUUCUGUGGAGUGAUGAAAUGAUGAAACUAAAUCUUAAAGGUUUGACUUCAUGACAAAUAAGGGCUCGUGGUGGGUUUAAUCAGAGCAUUAAAAUAACGUGAAAGUGAAGAAAUUAGGAUAGAAAUAUUUUACUAUUGCAUAAUAUAAUAAAAUAUUAUAUAAAUAGAAUAAAAUAUAAAACAUUUUUAAUAAACAUACAUCAUGUAAAAUAUAUGAGUUAAAAAAAAAUA